UACUUUUUUGUCCAACUCCAAACUUACGACGAAAGUUCUAUUUGCAAUGAAUCGAUGAAUGUGAAUGUGUUUCAUUUCUUGGCAGGAAAUCAACUUUCAUCUCGUCAUUUCGUACUUACUUUCGGAGUUUCGGAACAAAAGUCUAGAGUAGUCUAGAAUUUCUAAUUAUAACCAUUCUGUGAUAUAAAAUUCGCGGAUCAGUUCACAAGUACGAUGAGUUUCUAAGUGCAAUUUGUUAAAGAUAAAUCUGUGAAAAAUGAAAUCUGAGCCGCAAUCUUCGGGACAAAGUUUCGAACAAUUGAAAGAAGAAGGUAAUGCCGCUUUCAAAAAUAAAAACUGGGAACAAGCUCUGAAGUGUUACACGCGAGCCUUGAAAGUGAGUGAAUCAGAAUCAGAUACGCUCGUUUGUCUGAAGAACAGAGCAGCUGCGUUGUUAAAGCUGGAAAACUAUGAAGAAGCUAUAGCCGAUACAACCAAGGUACUGGAUUCCUCUCCUAACGACCCGAAAGCUCUGUAUAGAAGAUGUCAAGCUCUGGAACAUUUGAAUCGUUUCGAAGAAGCGUACAGAGAUGCUCGUCAUAUACUUUUGGUUGACCCAGGUAACAAAGAUGUGCAGCCGGUGUUGGCACGUCUUUACCAAAAAGUUCAAGAAUACGCCAGACAAAAUUCCGAACUGAAUACGAAGAUAACGCAGAUGUUCAAUUACGCUUUUAAUUUCGACGAAGACGAAAAUAAACGAGAAACAGCUAUGAAUAAUAUUUUGGUAUUGGCCAGAGAAUCCAGCGGAGCUAAAGCACUCUUCGAUACAGACAUAGUGGAUCGAAUUUUCUCCGCUGUCAAGGUGGAGAAAAAUAUAGAUAUUCGAGUGUCAAUGUUCUACAUCCUGGAUGAGCUUUGCAAGAACAACGUUACUAGGACGAAAAAAAUGAUCACCACUUUAGGAAUACCUUGGUUCAUUGAUUUAUUGAACAGUAAAGAAGAUUCGGAAGUUCAAGCUUGUCAGAAGUGCAUACAAACCAUUAUAAAUUCCUUAAGUGGAUUAGACGGUAAAAAAGAUUCGUUCCCUUCCACCGAAGCCUGUGAAGAAAACAAGAAAGAAAUCGAUACGAUUUUAACUUGCUUAGUGUAUGCAUGUAAUAGUAGAUCUAUCACCGGUGUAGCUAGAGAUGCUAUUUUACAAUUGAUUUCUAGAAACGUUCAUUACAAAGCGAUCAAUUGGGCUAUGGAGCUAAUUGAAAUUAAAGGUUUACAAAGAAUUAUGGAAGUAGCUAGUGAACUGUCAGAAUUCAAGUACGAAUCAUCGAUGAACAUUACGGAACAUACUCGAGCAAUGGUAGCCGCAUGUUUAGCUCGUAUUUAUGAAAACAUGUACUACGAUAAAGCUAAAAACGAUUAUUUAGAGAAUAUAAACGAUUUCAUCAAGAGUAAAAUAAUUACCCCUGAUGAUGAAUCUAAAAUUAGAGUUGUUGUAGCCAUCACCGUGCUUUUGAGCGGUCCACUCGAAGUUGGUAAUUUCAUCAUGGGAAAAGACGGCGUAAUGGAGAUGAUUUUAUCAAUGGCCAAUAACGACGAUCCUUUGCAGCAGAAAGUCGCUUGCGAAUGUAUUGUUUGUGCUAUUACCAAACAAGAUAGAGCUCAGUUUGUUGUUAGCGCUGGAGUGGAUAUUUUGAAAAAAUUGUACGAAUCUAAAGAUGAAGCCGUACGUAUCAGAGCUUUAGUCGGAUUAUGUAAAACUGCCAGUGCAGGCGGCACCGACGCAUCAGUCAGAUUAUUCGCUGAUGGUUCGACGAAAAAAAUGGCGGAAGCUUGCAAGAAAUUUUUGAUUAAAAGCCAAGACAAAGAUACGAAACGUUGGGCUGCUGAGGGAUUUUCUUUUCUUAGUUUCGACGCCGAAGUUAAAGAAAUGCUAGUUGAAGACGAGCCAGCUAUUCGAGCCCUUAUCGAAGUUGCGAAAUCAAAUAUCGAUUCUGCCGCAAUUUAUGCUAUAGUCAAUGUUUUUGUGAACCUUUGCAACGCUUACGAGAAAAAAGAAAUCCUUCCAGAAAUGAUUGAACUAGCGAAAUUCGCCAAACGUCACAUACCGGAAGAACACGAAUUCGACGAUGAAGAUUUCAUCACAAAACGUGUCAAUAUUUUGGGCAAACUUGGUCUCACCAGUGCAUUAGUAUCGCUCUCAAAAGUAGACAGUGAAAAUUGUAAGGAAUUAAUCUGCCGCGUAUUCAAUGCAUUAUGUGGGCAGCAAGAACUUCGAGGUUUGGUUGUGCAACAAGGUGGCGUUAAAGUAUUGAUUCCAAUGUCAUUAGAAGGCACAGAUAAUGGAAAAAAGCACGCUGCACAGGCUUUGGCGAGAAUAGGGAUCACCAUGGAUCCGCAAGUUGCUUUUCCUGGUCAGCGAUGCAUCGAAGUCAUUCGGCCGUUCCUUCUCCUCUUGCAUCCAGAGUGCCCAGCGUUGAUGAAUUUCGAGGCAAUGCUGGCUCUUUGUAAUUUAGCCAGUGUCAGUGAAAAAGUUCGUGAACAUGUUUUCAAAGAAAACGGAGUAUCUAAAAUAGAAAGUUACAUGUUCGAAGAUCACCUAAUGCUGAGAAGAGCUGCAACUCAGUGCAUUACAAAUUUAUCCAUGUCACCCAUCCUUAUAAAGCAAUACGAAGGUGAGAACGAUAAGUUCAAAUUCUUGUUUCUAUUAACUUGUGAUGAAGACACAGAAACCAGCAAAGCUGCCGCCGGAGCGGUUGCUAUACUAACCUUGAAUAGUGAAAAAUGCUGUGACAAAAUAUUCAAGAUUAAAGACUGGCUUGAAAUAUUCAGACAAAUUCUAGCUCAUCCUGAUACUGAUGUCCAAUUGCGAGCUGUGGCAAUAGUAGAAAAUAUUGUAACUAGUAAAAAAGAUAACGCCGAAGAGUUAUUAAGUUCGCAAGUUAUGGAAAUCCUAAUGGCUCUGUCCAUAAUUCACGAAGAUGGCAAAGAAAAAGUUAGAGAAGCUGCUGAAAAAUGCUUGAAAAGAGCUGAAGAGCUGAAAAUUAUUAAAAAGCCAGACGAAGUUUCUGACGAAGAGUAAAUUAUUUGUUUGUAAUGUUAUUAAUUUAUUUUGUUGCGUUUAGUUUAUGUAUUUUGUAAUUUGUACUUCGUAGAAAUUUUAUGACAAUUUUCACAUUGACAAUACGUAAUGAUCAAUUUCUAACUUUUGUUUGUGAUUUUUUUUUUUUACUUUACUUAUUUAUUCAUUCUCAAUUCAUUUUAUUGUUAAUAAAAAUAAACUGAUCAUCGAUUUUUCUUCGUUUA